AUGACGAACAGAGAAAACACGUGGGUUCACGUUGGGGAAUCGCCACUUUUUCAGUUUCGCGUCAAGAAUAUUACCACCAUCUCUUUCAUACGUCUUCAAUGUAGUCCACGUGACGAUGUCCUUACCCCCUUGAAAGACAGUUGCAUUACUCUCUGGGCAAAAUAUUCCCCUUAUGUGAGGACUGCGGAUGGUGUGCUCUGUGAUCUUCCCCCGUAUGUUGUUGCAUCUUUCAGAUUCGACGAGACGGGCGAGGCGGUUUCGUCGGCACUUGCGUGGGUGUUACAAGAGGGAUCGGCUGUUACGAUUUGUGUCGCAACUGACACGGGUGUCCCGGAGGUUCUGAGAGACGAUGCGGCGGAGAGGUCUGCUGCUGCGCCUUGGGCUGCGUCGUAUGGGUUAGGAUGUAACAUCAGUGUUUCACUUUUUGGGACGGAAAAACUGAGGGACUACUACCUGUCAUCUUGGAGGCCCCUGUUGGUCUACCGGUGGUUCGAGCUGAAGGAUUGUGUUCGUGAGGCAACUAUUCUACCAUCGCGGUACAGGGGUCCGCUAACACCAAACAGUACUUUAAAGUUUCGUAAACGCCGUUUUCUACACGGUGGUGUGCGGGAGGCUAAAUGCAUUUCUUCAUGUGGUAAUUACGUGCUUUGGGCAGAUGGAACCAUGGGACCCGCUGGCGAGGUGGUUCCGUACUGGAGGCGAUUUGCGCCAGCGAGGGUGGACAAGCGUGUUCGAGUGCGCGCCUUUCCUCAUCGUUUUGCUGACAUUGUUGGUGAGGUGCCCUUCGGUUGCAUGGUCGAAGCCAUUGGCAAGAAGGUUGACCCCUCGACACGUGAGGAAUACGUGUUGCUUGUCUUGGGGGUACUCCCAAACGCGGCGUCAUUGGCUGAGGCGUAUGAGUUAACAUACAUUGAAACUGGCAAGUGGAUCUGGGGGUGGUCAAAAAUUGCGACGAGGAACGGCAUGGUCUUGUUGGUAGAGGUUAGCGACACGUGCGGUGCCACCGCCGAAGGCCAAAUGUGGGUUGAACACUUGCCGGAACCCGCGUUUUACACAUCGGCUAGUGACGACCGCCGCGUCCGUAUCCGUCGGGGACCGUCGUUACAUGACGACGUCGUUGGGCAUCUGGAGCGCAACGAGGUAAAACUAGCUGUCGCUUUGUGGCACCCCGUCGAUGGAGCUAUCUGCGGGGCGAUCCCUUCGGAGGACGUAAAUAACACAAAUAGUGAUCAUGGAGCGGGACCACGGGGUGAGAAAGUACCUCAGAGUGUUCUGCACCACUUUGUGGAGUGGGAAAGUGGGGGAUUUUCGCUUUUGCGGAACAACGACCGUGUCUACCUCGUCGCCGUAGAACUAAGAAAAGAACCGCGCCACUUUCCUGUUUGUCCUCGACCGGAGCCACAGUCUCCGGAAAUCAUAUCCAUUUCAAGAAAGCGGGCGCGAGCGGAGUCCCCCGUUAGUGAAGCAAGCGAAAAAGCAAAAGCAGAUGCACCCAGCUCGCAGUUAUGGAGCCCCUCAAUGCUACCAGAAGCGGUUACUAUGGGGCUGAAGUCCGGACGUGUGCGAUUGGAGGAUCUGCCAACCAUUGAAUCUGCCGGAGGAUCAUGUGGGUCAUUAUCUUCCUUUGAGGGUGACUAA